CGGGGCGGGUGGCUUCGUCGAAAAAGCGUGUACUUCGCCAGUGGAAAAGAUAUCCGGGCACAGCUACACGAACCGAAGGCACGCGCGGAAAUGGGAGGAAAUAAGAUGCCUGGCGUACUACAAUCGGGGCGCCUGUCAUUGAGCGAGGAGCUCGCUGCAUCGCCUGUCUCGCUGCUCUGCAUGAAACGAGACACGAACCUUACACCUAACACCUUCCGAAAACAGCGAGACUUGCAAGCGACACGGGACACUCGGAGUACUGGAACCGCUGACGUGGGUGAUUGAUAGGGGCUCAUAGGUAUCGUUUUUACACUUUGGACGAACCAAAGGGAGACGGUUGCGUUUUUUGUUAUUCAGAGCGGCGGCGUGCUAUGUUUCUUCCCGUGUGGCGACUCCCCUUCAGCACGACGACAGCACCCAUCCCCCGCGCAUGUCGACUACGUUCGUUCCCACAGCAAGAAUCGGUCAAUAGUCAUGCUCACCGGAGGAACUCGACGGACAAGAGUAUAUGUGAGUGUGCGUGCGUACGGCGCUGACGUUGGUCGUGGCUUGCCGUCCACGGGUUAAACUGGUUUGCUAGGAGGGAUCAUUUCCCCUAUGAAUUCUUUUUUUUCGCGAAACCAACUGCUGAAGUCUCUAACCACGGUCGUCUAAGCGAGAUCCGUUACUUUUCCUCGUCUUGCGUCAGCAAGCCUGCCUUUCGGUAUUUUUCGUUCCUUCUGACUAAUGGGUCCCCUGUCGAUCAGACAUUGUCCAGCUCUGUGCGUGUAGAUGAAAGUUCUCUGGACUGCGUCGUUCUUCAGUUCAGGCUACCCUUCCGCUUGACUGUAUGGUUCUAGCCCAUCUUCGUUCGCAUGUUCUUCACAGUUUCCCCUUUCCUGGAUUCCUUCCACAUCAGGAGCCCGCAGUAUCAGCUGAAACGGUGGCCUUCUGUGGGAUGCUCCUCGUCGAGCGGAGUGAACAGACUGAAGCAUUCGCUUCUUCGGUGAAAUAACCGUAGUAACCAUUUGUGCCUGUGUUCCGUCGAGCGGUUGAGUUCAUUUCCAAUUGAAAAAAUGGAACCGCAGCGUCUGUCUCCCUUUUCCCGUCUAAGGGACCGCCUCGGUGCACUCGUAGGCGGAGGAAAAGGCACCGUCUGUCUCGAGGUGUCGCCUUCCGAGAAGACCAGACGCAAGUCGGAAAGAAUGGAGGACGGGGAACUUGGUGGACUGCAUUCCGAAGGAAAAGACGGAGAGAGGACAGAGGACGAAAUGGAAGAUGUAGGCGAAGAGCGAAACGACUUCGACGGUGGGGGUACAAGUGGCGGGGAACCUCAUCUUUGGGGUGGCCUACGAUGUGGCAGAAGCGAGCGCGAGCUGUUUGCCUCGAACCGGACGACCAUGACAGAGCGGGACAUCCAUCGUGAGUUCGAUUUAACAAAGGGCGGUGGAGGAGUUGUCACACGGGUGAAAGCUGAAGCCAAGUCUCGCUGGCGGGAUUUUUCGUGGACGCAAUUGCUUCUUUCCUCAUUUCCCAUCAUUGGCGUUCUUAAGAGUUACAGUCGACACAAUCUAAAUGCGGACUUCUUUUCGGGGAUAUCGGCUGGUGUGAUGGCGGUGCCCAUGGGGAUGUCGUACGCGAUGCUUGCGAAUCUUCCGCCACAGUUUGGGCUUUACGUCGGUCUCUUCUACCCGUUUUUCUACAUGUUGAUGGGGACGGGGAAGCACGUCGUAGUGGGCGUUUCAGCAAUCGAAGACCUGCUCGCGGGCGAAGCGGUGUCGAGGAUCAUCGGUGAAAAGGAAUUUGUCUCUCAACUCGAGUCCCAAAAACGGCUGCUUCUCGACAAGGGCCUGGCGCGCUCUGCACUCGAAGACACACUUUUGCAGCGAAUCGAAAGCCACGAAGCUCUGCUGACGCAAGCAAGAAUCGACAUUUCCAUAGGCCUCUGUGUGUGCGUCGGCAUCGUCUACGCCAUCAUGAGAGUCCUUCAAGCGGGUCUCCUCGCCGACCUUCUCUCCGUCCCUGUUCUCUCGGGAUUCUCCACGGCGAGUGCCUUUCUCAUUGGCACUUCGCAGCUCAAACACAUGACUGGAUUGGCCGUCCCUGCCGACGUCGAAAACGCAGAUUUCAAAAUCAUGAGACAAUGGUGGUAUUGUUUCAGCAACAUAUCGGAAUGGAACGGCAUGGCCGUUGGGAUCUGCUGUCUCUCCAUCGUGCUUCUCGCAGGUUGCAAAUUCCUCAGUCGCCGCUACUUUAAGAGUUUCCCUCUUCCUGGGCCUCUGAUCGUCGUCGCCGUCUUUACAACCGUCACAUACCUUUGUCGCCUAAAUGAGAAAUUCGGUGUGAAAGUCAUCGGCCACAUUCCAGAUGGCUUUCCGUCCGCGCGUCUGCCUUCUUUCUACGUCCCUGUUCUCCCCGCGAGUGACCUCGACGGAAGCGCCGUUACCUACCGACUGGCUUUCCUCGACGUGCUGCGCGAGGCAUUCCCGCUGACGGUGAUGUUCUUCAUCAUUCACAUUUCGAUCGCGAAGACAAUCACUCAACAAAAGAAGACGUACCAGAUCGACCCAGACCAGGAGCUCUGUGCUCUUGCUUUCUGCAACUUCCUGGGUUCCUUGUUCCAGUGCUUUCCUUGUGCCACGUCGCUGUCUCGGACCUCCGUGGUGUCGGCCACCGGCGCCCAGACGCAACUACACAACAUCAGCAACAUGUUAGUGAUGAUUCUCACGCUCUCCCUGAUCACGCCGCUCCUGUACUUCCUCCCAAAUGCCGUCCUCGCCGCCGUCGUCCUCUUCGGCGUCUACGGGAUGAUGGACUUCUCAGAGUUCUUCCGCCUAUGCAAGAUCGGUGGUCUCGACGUUCUUCUUUGGCUGGUUUGUUUUUUCAUCACGGUCGUGUUCGGGGCGAUGGAGGGGAUUCUCGCCUCGAUUGUUCUUUCUCUUCUCUGGCUGUUGCGCAAAACAGCGCGGCCGCAGUGCAUCGUCCUGGGGCGCCUUCCACAAACUUACAUCUACCGAAACAUCGAGCGUUUUCGCAUGGCAAAAGAGGAACCAGGGAUCAAAAUCGUGCGUUUCGACGCGUCUCUGAACUUCAGCAACAGCGACUACUUCGACAGUCGGGUUCGCCAGAAACUGGAGCCCUCUACGCGGUACCUGAUCAUCGACGGAUCUUCGAUCAACGAUCUAGAUGUGACCUCUAUUCGCAUGCUGCAGCGACUCUGUUCGCACUUGAAACAAAAUGGAAUCACCAUGGUGUUCGCGAACUGGAAAGGCCCCAUGCGCGAUUUCUUGCAGAGGGCUCAGUUUUACGAAACACUACCUCCAGAGAACUGCUUCCUUUCUCUCCACGACGCCGUCUUCUGGGCCAAACAGAAACUCGCAGCUCAACAGAAAAUUUAUGAGGUGCACGCCUUAGAUCGCGCAGGAAUCCCGGGUCUUGAGCGCGAAGGCGAGUGUGCCUCGUCGACAGCGGGGAAUGCGACGGCGCCUCUAGAACCCUUUUACUGGCACAGCAAACAAGCCACCAAUGCUCACCUUUUCCCAGAGGGCGUUGCCGGGGAGGUCGAAGCUGGAACCGGACUGAGCUGUGUGCCCACUUCGGAGUGCGUCGUCCCUUCUGUCGAAUACUCGGCGAAGUCUUCGAGUCCGUCGUCUGUUAUGGUGGUGAAUGAAGCCGACGAAGAAAACAGCAAGAGGCCCAGCAAUGCCAGACACACGUGGGAAGGGGAACAGCUCUCAGUGAGGAAGAAGGUGCACGUGCGAAGUGACGCGCCUUCUCUCAUCGUUCCUCGUUCACGUACUCAAGAAGGGACACUGGGCCCGUUUUUGGAGCCCAACACGGUCGCCGGCGAGGGCGAGGGAGCGCCAGUGACGGCCACGACGCGCCGCGAUGUCCCAGGAAGUUCCAGACACGAUGCAUGCAACGCAGCCGAUUUUUAUAGGGACGCCACAGAGGUCCCGACCUCCUCUCUCUCUUCGCCUACCAGCACGGCGGUUAGGGAGGCGUUGAGCCCCCGGGGCCGUACACGCAGGCGCUCCUUAAGCGAGUUGGGUCCAGUGCGAAUGCGGCGUCUGAGUUCUCUGGCGAGUACGGCGAAAGCCACAGACGUUGAAGGGGACGCUGCGUCGAAUGCAAACUCUACAAAUUUCCUCUCGGUGCGGGCGAAUGUGCGCGGCUCCAACGCAAACUCCCGCCGUGCUGGUCCACGUGUCUUGGACGCCCAGGAAGUCGAAUGGGGCUGGGAUGGCUUGAGUGCAUGCAACCCAGGAAUGAUUCGCAUGGUGACGGAAGUCACUGGAACUGGCAAGAGUGUCAGCUGGGCGGUUCUCAAGACCGGACAAGAUUCUCUGCAUGCCACGGUGUCUGGACACUUGGCGGUGUCGCCUGUGCCUCCCAGUGACGUCGCUGAGCAGGCCGCGCAUGCAGACAGAGACGCGUAGCAGUCCCGGAAGGGGUGCUCACGUCAGGGGGGUGGUUUCCCUAAAAGGGUUCCAUUCUGUGUUCUCUGCUGAGUUUAAGUAGGGGCUCUGAUCGGAACCAUAGCGCGUCGCGAGACAUGCCGGAAGCAGAUGCAGUCGAACGUGACAGGCAGAGAAGGAGAAACGAGGAACAGUUUAUGGACGUUAUCCAAAAUUCGGAGUUGUCCAGAGGCUUCUGCCCGCUCUGUUGAGCGUAGCGGGCAAAUGAUAGGGGGAAUGGAAACUUGUUUGUUGUGCAAACGCAAUGAAACAGACACAAGAGUCCCCAGGGGAUUGGGCGAUGAAUUCUGCAACGUGAAGCAGGACGUCACCGAGCUUUUUUUCGACUCCGUUUCGAAUGGUGUUCGUUCACAGAUGAGAGAAACAAUCGCUUGUGGAAGACAUGGGGAUGUUAGCCGAGUGUCUGGUGGAUGUGGGAAGGAAACGAAGAACUGGGCAUUCCAAAGGAGGGACAGAGGCGUAAUAGACACGAAAAAACAGUAGACGCAGUUUAUUAUAGAGGCCGGUAGUUGCUAUGAAAAUGAUAGGGUACACGUGCCGAUCUGGUAACAUGUAUCAUGACGAUGCUAGAUUGUUGAUUUGGUUCAUUCAGCACCGCGUUGCCUCAUCCGGCGUUUCACUCGGUCGUUCCGUGUCUAUUGUGAGGACUAAUUUAGUUCAAGCACAUGGCGCUCUGUAGCAUGAGUCAGAGUACCCUUCACGGGAUCCGUCAAAGCCUACAGUGAUCCAUAAUUACAGCAUAAAUUAUCUCUCGUUCUCACAACGCGUGGUUCUGUUGCGUCUGGUGAGCAUGCGAGCGCAAGCUCUGCAGAUAUCAGGCUAAUACUGUAAACUGCCUCACUGAAAGUGGAAAAUCGUACGAGGUGUUCGCGCAUUAGAGUGUUCCAUCUCACCGGGUGUGUUUGUAGGUGCUGCUAGCGAUUAGCGCGCCUUUGUCGUUCGCGCUGGGAGAACCAGUUAAAUACUGAAUCACCCAAUGACUUUUUAAUAGAUUUUGCUAGUUUUGUGCCUCAUGGUGCAGACCUGUGUAGAGUCCAGACAUUUCCCAGGGGCUGCAAGACCUCAGCUUGCUGUUCCCGACCGUUCCAUUGCACAGUCGUUCUGUAGUAUCGCUGGUGUCAUACCGUCGUCUCUGUUCUACAAAUAUACAAAUGUAUGUACAGGAAUAUCCCGAGGACAUUCGGUGUUUCAAGGUUUGACUGCGAACGCAGGCCUUUUUGAUUGCGUAUUCGAAUGCAAAGUCCCGGAAUACCUGGACAGUUGUGUUAUUUGUUAUGAGGUUCUCUCUACGUCGGCGAUCUUUGAAGUGUUUGGAUGGAUGGCUGCAGCAUUUUAUAAGCUGGCGUGUUUCACUUACGCAGCAUGCAGGCGGGCGGGCCUAUGGUGAUGAUGAGUAAAGGCCCGACGCUGGUUCCUUUUUGUCCAGGAACAGGCGCCCUUGAGCCACGGCACCGCAUCCUUUCAUUUCAGCUCCAGAUACAAACUCGGUGACGAGUCUGUUCCUCUCUUUUGUCAGAGUUGAGAUCAAGAGGCUGUUCGUUGUCACUGGACUGCGAGUGAGACGAAAGAGUGUUGUGUCUUAUUUGAUUGUAGCCGACGUAUUUUGUUCCAGCCUUCUCAGUGGCACAUGAACCUGCAUUUGUAGAGCUUUCAGAAACUUCGUUUGUUUUCAAAUGAGAAACAGCAUGUUCUCGUUGUGUCCAGUUUACCCUCUCGCGCGUUUACAAUGAAUGCGCUCACGUACGUUUGCUACCACGCACCUUACAGAUUGACAUGCAUCGGAGGAACAGCAAACGAGUGUUGUUCGCGGAUAUCAAGUAAUGUUUCAAAAGCUGUUGAGUGCGCGUAUCUUCAAAGGUUUUUGCUUUGGAACUUCCGGAACAAAACCUGUCCGUGGAGUGUACGUUGUGUACGCUCAUUCACCGCUCUGAAGAGUUUUGAGUUUUCGAGUCUGUCCGUUUGUUGGUCCAAGCGGAUGAAAAAACGAGGCUGAGCAUUCUGACGAGUACACAGGCACUUCCCGUUCGACGAGGUAGCAAGUUCGUAAAAUUGGCAUUCUAAUCGUGUAACAUGUGUGAGCACUAUUCGCUCCUUGACCUCCAAACGUUAUAGCGUUUUUGCUUGUUAUCGUGUGCGAUUAGAACGGCAGACGAAAUUACUCUUCAUUGAAGUGAAUCAGCAGUCCCCCAUGUAAGGUUCAAGGUACACCGCAAAGAAAAGAUCCAUGAUCCGUUAGAUGGAGGCGGGUGAAAAACUGUUCUGCUGGAUCGUUCGUCAGUGCUACUGGUGAGGAGAAUCGAACAGCAGCUUGCAGAAAGAACAAAGGACACUGUUUCCUCCUGUGUCCU